UUCAGUGGCAGAGAAAAGGUGGCAAUGCUAUCAUCGCAGCCCUCAUGACUUCAACUAUAAAAUGGGAAUACCUAUCUGAGCUUCCCAUCCCAUGAUAGUCCCCUUAUUCAUUUCAAUUUCUUUGAUUGCUAUCUUCUCUAAUUUGGGAACUUUGUUAUUGACUAAGGAAUGGGUUUUCCACCUAUGAGCUAUUGGUAUCUUUUCUGUGUCAUAGUGCUUUUGCCUGCACUUUGUCAUUCCCAGGAUGCAUAUGUGUGCUCUAGAGCAACCUAUUAUGGAAGCCCCGAUUGCUUUGGGACUCCAACUGGAGCAUGCGGGUUUGGCGGAUAUGGAAGAACAAUCAAUGAUGGCAGCGUGAGUGGGGUUUCUAGACUCUACAGGAAUGGAGCUGGCUGUGGUGCAUGCUAUCAGGUCAGGUGCAAGGUACCACAACUAUGCGUUGAAGAUGGAGUGAAUGUAGUGGUGACAGACUAUGGUGAAGGGGACAAGACAGACUUCAUUCUAAGCACUCGUGCCUAUUCAAGACUGGCUCGUCCAAAUGCAGCCUUGGAGUUGCUUGCUUAUGGCGUGGUUGACAUUGAAUACCGUAGAAUACCUUGUCAGUACCCUGGUUACAACCUCAUGGUCAAGGUUAAUGAGCACAGCAGGUUCCCUGGGUACCUAGCCCUAAUCUUCUUGUACCAAGCCGGCCAAAACGACAUCACUGCAGUGGAAGUGUUUCAGGCGGAUUGCCAGCAGUGGAGGGGCAUGCGAAAGGCCUAUGGUGCAGUAUGGGACAUGGGUAACCCACCGCCAGGCGCGAUUAACAUCAGGGUCCAAGUGAGUGGCAGCGCUGGGCAAACUUGGGUGCAGCUGAGCAGUGUGGUUUCUAGUGAAUGGAAGGCUGGGGAUGUUUAUGACACAUCCAUUCAGCUUAAUUAAGCCCUAUAAACUCCCAAGUUCAAUAUAUAGCAUCUAUAACUAUAUGUGUGUGGGAAGGAGUUGCAUAUUAAUUAUUUCCUAGUAUUUUUAUGAAGUCAAUAAAGUGAAGUAGUUUAUCUGUUGUGUUAGAGCUUCCUCACUAAAGAAUUCCUCAGUGUACCAGAUGUUUAAUUAGGAAGACAAUAUAAAUAGAAGUUUCCGUUGUUUA